UCCCGGCCCUCCCCGCCCACCCGACAGCCCGCUCCCACCACCAUGGACCUCGACCUGGCGGCAGCCGUGGAGCCCUCCCCCCAGAAACUGCCGGAGGCAGGCCAGCUGGGCGACCCCAAGCACAGCCCCCCCAAAGUUCAGGGCCCGCCCGAGGCAGGGGCAGCUGGUAGCCCGGGGCACGGCCCCCGCGGCUCCACGGACAGCAGCAGCAGCAGCAGCUCCAGCGGCUCGGACACGGAGGCCAAGCACGAAGGCACCGCGGGCAAGGUCAAGAAGCCCAAGAUGAAGAAGAAGAAGAAGAAGAAGGGGAAGAAGGAGGCUUCGCACUGACGGGCGGGGC